AUCUAUUGUCUGUUUCUUCAAUGUGUGUUUGAAUGGUAUGAAUGCUGUCGCCUAAAUGUGAGUUUAAGGCAAUUUAACAUUAUUGAUUUGUUAACAGUCUGCACUCUUGUUAAUAAAAUAGAGGUAGUACACUGUCCACACUGCUCAUUUUCACACCGAAGUUUGCAAAGAGUUACUGCUCUGUACUGUACAGACUCUGUCUCCCUGCAUUAGUGGAAGACAUUUUGCCACAUGUUGCAAACUUAACCGAUAAGCUUUUGAGUUCAAACAAGCUUGCAUCUUCCAGUGCAAAGCCCAGAUAAAAACAGUAAUGAUAAUGAUGAUGGUGUCAGUUAUUAUCAGACAUGGGUUUUGUAAGGGUGUGUUGAUCUGGAUGUGAGCCAACAGUUCUGAGAGGACAACAAUAAGAGCAAUCCAGAAACUUAGAGCUCUGUUUUUAUUGUUUUUCUAUCUAACUACACCAGGUACAGUAGCAACAUAGUCACAGGCAAAGCACAACAUCGCACACAAAGAACUUGAUCAACAAAAAGUCUGUUUCUCUGACAACAACAUCUAUGACCAGGAAGGACACUUGAGAGUGUGACCAUUUGCUUUGGUCCCUGUGCACUUAUACAGUUCAAAAAUAUUCCUUUUUCAAAAGUGGAGUCACUAAACAAAGGCAUGGAUAUAAAAGGUUUUUAGUUGAGCUGUCUUGCUCUGUAGUGCUGAUAGUCUCAACAGUGUGAAAUAGUAGUGUUAGUGCACCAUUUGUUCUGCUCUGCUGCAGGCUGAGUGAUAGUGUGGACAGUUAGAGCAAAGCCAAAAUCAAUUAGGUGUGCAUAGUCUUGUGAGGGUCACACAACCAAAUAACACCAAUGAAUCUUCUUUUUUUUUGACCAGAAUAAGAAUAAAACUAAGCAACAUUUUUAAUUUGUUAGUCUCUAAAUACUAAUGAUGCUUAUACAGAGCGAUAAAACAGUUAGAGUCAUAGUGAGGUGUUGCUGAAUGUUCAGCAAUUCUUAAAAUGAUUUUUUGACUCAGGUUUUUCUAAUCCCACUCUCUGCAAAACACCCCAGCUAAAUCCUCUUCCUAUCUUAUUCCAUCUAUUGCUUUGCUGUACAACGCUUAUCUGCACAACUGUCUUGUCUGCAUGUGAUUAUGACCAAGAGGUAACGAUGGAUUAUGAGACUCACAAUGCACAAGAUAUCCUCUGGGCCUAAUAUGAGAUUUGUGCCAGGGAAAACUGUCACUUUGUCAUAGAUUACAUCCUCAAAGCCACCCGCACAGACUGAGCCCCUUUCUUCGACUGCUCUUCAGCCUCCGAGAACUGUCCUCAACUGAUAAGGCGGUAAUGAGAAAAAGAGGAUGUGGAUAAUCAUUCUGCAUUCACAACUCUGGUAUUACAGGUUUUCUUUGCGCUCUUGAAGCUAAGAAGUAUUAUGAGGUCAUACUGUCGCCCUCAGAGACAGAAAUUAAAGGAGUGGAAUGAGAAAUUGGCCUUACUUGCAAAGGAGAGAGCAGCAUUGUGUCACACAGACCCCUCCCCUCAACACGCCUCAUCUUUCAGUCACGUUGGCUGGAACACACAUCUUUCUGCUUAUGGUGUCACCUCAUUUUCUGACGUCAUUCACACUUGGUUUGAGGAGGGGACAGAUUUUCUCUACUUGAGUGGGCAAUGUAGAGAGAACGCCACCUGUCAACACUAUACGCAGUUGGUGUGGGCCACUUCCAGUAACGUGGGCUGCGCCAGCCAGCUGUGUCUGAGAGGAGGAGACCUCUGGGAGCUAUUUGUCUGUGCAUAUUACCCUGGGGGUAACUGGGAGGUGAAUGGAUGGCUGGUGAUGCCCUAUAAGAUGGGGCUGUACUGCUCUCUCUGCACCUCUUCCAUGUCUGGCUGCUUUAAACUGUGGGACCAUGUAGGUGGAUUAUGUGAGAUUCCAAGGAAUCCGUGUCGUAUGAGCUGUGGUCAGCAUGGCCAUCUUAACAUCUCAUCCUGCAAGUGCAAGUGUGACCCUGGCUUCACCGGACGCCUCUGUCAGGGUACCAGCAUCAACAUCAAGUUGCGGUGCAGUGUGCAGUGUGUACACGGUCGUUUCAAAGAAGAAGAAUGCUCUUGUUUGUGUGAUCUUGGCUAUGGUGGUGCUGAGUGUGCAGAGAAAGUGCAGUUUCCCUUUCACAGCUGUGAUGUGAUGAUAGAUGGUGAUUGCUUCAUGGUGUCUUCAGAAGCCGACACCUACUAUGGAGCCAAGAGUCACUGUCAGGAACGAGGGGGUAUUCUAGCUCACAUCCACAAUCAGAAGGUUCAGGACAUCCUGGCGUUUUAUCUCAGUCAGCUGGAGACAAGCAACGAGGUCACCAACACUGACUUUGAGACAAGAAACUUCUGGAUUGGUUUGACAUAUAAGCCUCUGAAAGACUCAUUUCGCUGGGACACAGGAGAGAUCCCCAGAUACAGCAGCUUUGCCUUUGGGCAACCUGACAACCAAGGCUUUGGAAACUGCGUGGAGCUGCAGGCAUCAAGUGGCUUUAAUUGGAACGACCAGCGCUGUAAAGCGCAGAACCGAUACAUUUGCCUACAUGCUGCAGAGAACAUUGUCCGGUGGGAAGAAGGCAGGUGACCUGGAUUUCUCAAAGGGGUGAAACUAGGUGUGCAGUACGGUGGUUGGGACAAUGGCCACUGUUGUUGGUAUAUGUUUUGUCAAUCAUUGUACAUGUAGUUUAGAUGUACUGUAUAUACUGAUAUACUGUACAUGUUUGAAUGUUUAAUGCAAAUGUUUCAUUAUUAAAUGGGUGUAUGUUA